CGCGGCGUCGUGCGCGACGCCUGUCUUACGUCCCGGUGACGACACGACCACGAUACGAUCUCGUGACAAUAUUUACAGACAGUAAGAUGCUUGUGUUUAUUCUUAUAUUAUGUGGACUUAUAUUUCUUUGUAUUUGACGGGUGUUAUCUGUUAACCCUUUGAAUAGGUCCUGUCAAGCGUUUGCGAUUAUAAGCCGGGUCAUGCUUGGACAAAGAAAAAAAUCGGAAUUGGUUUCGCGUUGCUCGCGGAGAAUGAACCAACCCAAGUUUUGACCAGUGAUUAAGCCAGCAUGGCUUACUACCGCUGCGGGCCGACAGCCAUCGGCAGCCGGGCGUCCUGGUCGGUGACAUCGCCCGUGGAGUCCAAGACCUUCGACCGGCCCCUCAGCGGCAACUAUGAUAGAAUCUUCAACGCUUUCGAACGGACCAACGCGUUUGAAUACGUCCGCAGCACGUUCGAAGGAAAACCCGAGGAGGAGAGGCAGAUCGGCCACGGGGAUAUAGUGGUGAACAGGAAGAUGUCCAGCAGCUUCGAGCGUGCGGACUGUGCGCUGGCGGCGCAGACGCCGUGCGAGGAUGAUGAGGACUUCUACCGGGAAAAGAUCCUGUACUCGCAGGCGAGACAGCUGUUCCCUUUGCAGGAGGAUCUGGCUGAUUGGAUCAACAAAACCAUCGGCAUCACGUACCUGUCGGGAGAGAACUUCCUCGAUGUGCUGGACAACGGCGCAGAGCUGUGCCAGCUGGCGGUGGUCAUCCACGAGCGAGCGCGGGAGGCUCUCGACCAGGGGCUCAUUGUGGGGCCGGUGCCAGCGAUCCGCGGGCGCUGCUGGCAGCGCGCGGCGCGGCGCAGCUUCUUCUCGCGCGACAACGCGGAGAACUUCAUCACUUUCUGCCGCGAGCUGGGCGUGCACGAGAACUUGCUGUUUGAAAGCGAUGACCUUGUGUUACACAACCAGCCUCGCCAAGUGAUCCUGUGCCUUCUAGAAGUGGCGCGGCUGGCGACCAAGUUCAACGUGGAGCCGCCCGGGCUGGUGCAGCUGGAGAAGGAGAUCGCCCUGGAGGAGCGGGACUCGGGGCUGGACUCGGCCAUGUCGGGCGCCGCGUGGCAGUUCCGGGACAACUCGCCGUCGCCCGUCAGGGAUAAGUCAAAGUCUGAAGCGUUACCCUCUUCACCAGAUGAUCCACAUGAAAGUCAGCACUCAGUGCCGGACAACACGGACGCAGAGAGCACCAAGUCCGGCGGCACGGAGAGCAGCACCGACACGGACGUGCCGCUCAAACCUACCAACGAGCUGGACAAAAGAGUUCAGCUGGUGACGCGUCUGAUGGAGCGUGGCUGCACCUGCGGCUCGGGCAAGUGCUCCAAGCUGCUCAAGGUCAAGAAGGUCGGCGAGGGCCGCUACAACAUCGCCGGCAGAAACGUCUUCAUCAGACUGCUGAAAGGUCGUCACAUGAUGGUGCGAGUGGGCGGCGGCUGGGACACGCUGGAGCACUUCCUGUCCCGCCACGAGCCGUGCCAGGUGCGCCUCGUCACGCCGGGCCGCCGGGACGUGCUGCCCGUCGCCCUCCCGCCCUCUCCCCGCACCUCGCCCCGCCCGUCACCCUCCCCCGCCAGCAGCAAGAACUCGCUCACCCGAGAGCCGACCGGCAAGUCGCCCUCCCCCGCCGGCAGCAAGACGUCCCUCACCAAAGAGCCUUCAAUGACUGGCACCAUAUCACCGGUAGAUAGCAAAUCACCUUCGGUGAGCGGCAAAGCUUCCCCGGAGCCAGGAGUCAAAUCACGUAAAACAGCUUACUCAUCCAAGGAGUCGUCGAUGAUUCGCACGAUAUCACCAGUAGACAGCAAAGGUUCAUCCGUGAGCGGCAAAACGUCUCCAGAUCCUGGAGCGUCUGUGAAACCUCGCAAGGCCAGUGGAAAGAGUUCACCUUUACGCACAUCGACACCGAUCAAACCAUUAAAUAAAAAUAGAUCCGCGUUAACUUUGCCACUCAAAGAGACGGACAGCAAAGCCGCUUUACGUGCCAGGAAGCAAUCCGCCCCCGCCAGCUUCAGCACCCCCGGCACGCCCACCGGCCGCUCGGCUCGCACGCCGCCCGUGGAGUUGCGCAAAUCACUCACAUCCAACACUUUGUUAGCCGCACCUAAGAAAUCCAGGAGCAUGAGUCUCGCCAACGCUCUGGAGAAGAAACCGUUCUGCGGGACCGACCGGCUGAACCAAAACGCGAGUAAGAAAACCAGAGGCUCAACGCCGACCACUCCCACUGAAACGAUGGCGAGGAAAGCUCGCAGCCAGAGCCUCGCGUCCACUCCCACUAACGAUCCCAAAAAGUCUCUGACGAACGGCUACGGUAAGAAGACUCGCAGCAUGAGCUUGGCCGCGCCGAUAGAGUUCGGUAAACCGUUGCACAAGAGCGCUUCUGUCACUACCACAGGGUUAACGCAAGCCGCCAUAGAAGACAGCAUCCGGCGGUCGCUGGAAGCGAGUAUAGAAGACCACACGUCUCCCAAAAAGCCCUUUCUGCACAUCAAAGCCAAAUACAGGAGUCCCCCGCCGAGGGAGGUCCCGCCCAGAUAACUCCACCGCUUCUUCAUUCCACUAGUUUUACGCUUGUUGACAUUACUGCUAGGAUUAUGUAAAGCUGAUCGCACAUGUACGCGGCGCACUCUAUGUAUUCGCUACACCUCUCGCACAGUAAAAAGUUAACUCAAGUCAGGUCUAAACUUCCAUUUCAUGAGAAAAAUCUUUUGAAUGGAUGGAAAAAUAUAAAUGAUUUCGACACGGAAUAAUUUUGUGAGAAAUACGUAGAAAAAAAUUCUCAAUAUUUUUUUAAAUUUUAUAUUUGAUUUUUUUCAAUCAUAUUAUUAAUAACACUUGUAGAUAACCAUAUACCUACCAAUCAACAAUCCAACUUAACUUUUGUUUCCGAAGCUUCAUAUUCACGCUAAAUAAGUGCACACAAAACACAAUCGAAAGCAUUAAAAAGUUAAAACUGUUUUGAACAAUCAAAAAACUUGUUGGCUAUAAAUAAUAGGUACCUUACGUGUAAUGUCAGUUUCACAUUCCUGUUUUAAUUUCAUUAAUUUUAUUUUUCUCGACUUAAAUAUUUAAAAGCGAGUUAGCGCAGGAUUUCUGACUACAGUUGCGAUCAGCUGAAAUGAACGAUGACCGUUGUAAGCUGUGAAUUAUUGUUAGGGGCCGGUGCGAAAGUUCAAUUACUAGACACUAACGACACCUACUCGGUAACUAUUUAGUUUAACGUUGUGUAGAUCUUCGGCUAUCUCAUGUCUAUCAUAUAUUUAGUGUGUAUACAUCCAACAUUCAUCAAAUACUCCGGUAUUCUUUUUUCCAGUGAUGUUCCAAUCGUAAUCCAUAAGUGGCAUCAGUUUCUAUAGAGUUUUGGAGCAACAGCUCGCUCUAUAGUCUGCGCGUUAUCAAAUGAGUCGUCGGGCCAUCAAUAAUUUUUCUUCGUCUAUCUAUUGACGUUUAUGUCCUCAUGACUCACUUGAUAACGCUACCUACGACAGAUUCGAUACGAUUUCAACGUCACCGUAAAUUAGACUCAGCUAAGGGGGACUAGUCAUAAUGAAUUUCGUAUGUAAAUUGUAAUUAAGUAUCCUAUAAUAUAAUUAAUUAAUAUUGUAAUUUAAUUCACUUCCAAUUUGCAAUAAUUAUAUAUGUUUGAAUAAUUUAUUUAAGAAUUGAAUAUUAUUUUUUUUGUUGUUUUUGUUUGGUUCAUGAUUUUGUUUAAAAUUGAAAAUGUGUAUCAGUGUAUGACUGCUGUUUUUUUCUUUUAUAUUCCAAUUGAAUCUACUACAAUUAUUCUAGAAUAUCAAGUUAUUCAAAGUCAUUUAAUAUCGCUUUCGCUUAAGUAUAUAAUUAUAUUUGAAGUUGUAGCGUUGCUUAGUUAUUAUACCGCACAGACUAAACGAAGAAAAAUUGUAGAUAGAACGCGCACUAAAUAGCAUUGUUAUUUGUCGUUAUCCAUGAAAUAAAAGCAAUAAUUGUGAUAUAAAUUCACUGCUAUCUGUAUAGUUAAGAAACCUUUAUUGAUAAGAUAAACUUUGUGAUUGAACGAUAAAGAAUACGUACAAGUAUUCUAUAAGAUCAUUCAAUGACGAGUAGAACUACAUUUAUUAACAUUACACUAAUAUUGUUAGUAUUUAGUGGACCUUAGCUGCCGUUACAUGACAACUUUGGCAUGCUUACAUUUACACUUACGCACAUACCUAGGUGUGUGUGUAUAUUUGGUAAUAUUUGGUAGUCCCGAAAGCAGAAUGGUUGCGGCGACAGUCUAUUGUGUUUAUUUUCGUUUAGUCUGUGCCAUACCUAUUGUAAUUCGUAACGAACUGUGGCUUAAGUACACCAGUGACCUCAGCCCGUACAAACUCCAAUGUCCAUACAUCAUCUAUUUUGGUACAGCAUUUGUUGUAAGGAUAUAAGAUAUUUUUGCACUUAGAUAGACAAGCACUAGCUAGACUCCGGUAAAAUAAAUUUUACAUACAUUUAAUAGUUUGUAACUUAGACGAAAAAACAGAAAAGCGCACAUACAAGUAGUUCGCAUAACGAAAGUUGAAAUUUAUUUUAUGGUACCAUCCACACCAUGGCUACCGAUGGUAUUAGAUCGACCGCCAUUUUGACUUUCGUUGUGGUUUAACCCUUUACUGCACUCCUAGUUCAAAAUCGUAAAGUUAUACCGAAGAUCUAAUUUAACAUCAACCACAGAAUAAGGAAAGACCAACCGUAGGUACAUUAUCACUUGUUGGGAAUAACUAUAAUUUCUAUUUUUGUGGAGUCAGUUAUCCCUCGUAUUGCUUUCUCAGAGUCAUUUUUUGGAUAUACGUACGCACAAUUUCAAAAUGACCAUGAAAUGAGAGUUUUUUCUUUCUUUAACUUCCUUGGCUACUUGAAAUGUAUUGGAAUAUCAUUUACCAAUCUUAUUAUUGAGCAUAUUUUUGUCAAAAUUUGUUUUAAAAUUACGUUUGGUACUAGGAGUGUAGUAAACACAAAAAUGUAAUUUCGGAAAUUCAAUUGAUGGUAUAAUAUUGACGUAGGUCGUCAAGAUAUCCAAAAUCUUCCAACCACAACCAGUGUGACUAGAGCUCGAGUUAGGCUAGCUGAUAUAUGCAGAUACUUACCUACUGCUGAUAUGUCGUGCUACAAUAUUGUGCCAACAGUUUCUAUUAUGUAUAAGUUAUUGAAAUAAACUUUUUGAUAUUGCAAA